AAAAUGCGCAGCCCUGGCACCGAGGAACACUUCACGUCCGUUUCGCCGUUUGUCAAACAUGUAGUAUAGGUAAACGUAAAAGAACAAGCUAGCUUUUUGUCUUACACAAGCUAGCACAAAACCUUAAUUAGAUUACUUUAUUGGAAGCAACUGAGUAAUUUUAAAGCUAAGAAUCGAAAAUGAAUAUGAUUCCUACGAAGAGGACGACGCUGAUGAACUGCUUAAUCUUUCCGCAAAAUGGAGUCGUGGAGGGACCGAUGCACUAUGGAUCCGGAGAUUCCUCCCCGCAGAUUUCCGUGGCCUCCUCUAUAGAUCCUCAAAACGGGAAUCUUGGCUCCAGUGAUACCCCAAAACGGCCGAAGAACCUGGGAGUGAACGGGUAUGCGCCAAAAAGCCUUCGACAAGACAGCGACAGUAUGGAGGACGGCUCUUUACCGUGCACCCCAGAGCUCCAGUCGGACAGUGAAACCGACGUCUCCAGUUGUCCAACAGGGGACGAGUUGCUGGAGAAUGACACGAGGCAACUCAUUCGCCGUUUCUUAAGAGACUUUACUGGACUUUCAAAGCCCCGGUGGAAUGAAAGCAAAGCAUUAUCAACAAUGAAAAGAGUGGUGGAUGACGUUUUGGACAAACACAGAUACUCAUACAAUGGUAUGAUCAACAAACUGUCGCUGGAUGACAGAGGGGAUGAUGUGUCGUUUGUCAGUGCAGUAGCUAAGAGCCUGUUUGCAGACAGGACAACCAACUGGGGUCGUAUUACGAGCCUGGUGGCCUUCGGGGCGGUGGUUUGUCAGUACUUAAAGGAGAGGGGCAGGGAGAACUGCGUGGACCUGGUCAGCCAGGAGAUUUCCACAUACCUGCUUUCUGAACAGCGAGACUGGCUGGUCAAAAACAACUCAUGGGACGGUUUUGUGGAGUUUUUUCGAGUAGCAGACCCUGAGUUGACGGUCAGAAACACACUCAUGGCCUUUGCUGGAUUUGCUGGUAUUGGGGCAACACUGGCCCUGCUGAUCAGGUGAAUUUGUUGGACACUCAAGAGGCUUGUUUUUUUUACCAACUUUCUCUGCUUGGGUUUGGACUAAAGAAGAUGGAAAUGAAAGACUAAACUACAGAUAAGAUGGUCACACAAGUAGUUCCUUUCGUCUGUUUGUUGGGCCCCCUUCCGCCUGCACCUGCAAAAUAAGUCAUUUUGCUAUGAAGGAUUGGACUUCACCAUCAUUCAAUGUUUAAACAAUUAGGUUUUAUUUAAUUUACAAAGAAAUUUAUUUUUCUAAUAAAUGUAAAAUAUGUUUCUAUGCAAAUUGAAAUGGUUAUGGGGAGUCAGUUGACUUGAUUUGUGCUAUAUUUUUCUUCUAAUUAUGUUUACUAUUUGGUUUAAAAUUGUAUCACAAUUCCUUGGUGAGAAUGGUUUGUUAGAAAGCCCCAGGCCAAACCAGGAAGGGAAAGCUGCUUUUAUUUUAUUAUUUUUUUUGAUCGUGCAGCCAUGAAGCCCAUUUCCAUUCAGCCCAUUUAGAACUCCUGGAUUCUUUGUAUGGACAUCUCAUUCAAGUGAGGGGCAGAAAGGGUGGAUUUGCAUGAGUGCAGCUGCGCUUCCUUGUUAUGAAAAUGUUUGGAUCAGCACCAGAGUUCAAGACCAACCACAUGCAACCACAUACUGGACUUUUGAGUGCACAAGAUCCUGGACAUUUUGAGUUUUUAUUUUUGAACAAGAAAUGACAGAGACUGUGAGUUGGCAAGAUGAAGAUGCAGAUUAGCUGCACCAGAGGCGACAGUCACUGGGGAAGAUUAAUUUUUUUUCCCUCAGAGAAAGCAGAUCAUAAUUAACAGUAAACAUCCGCGUGUAAGCUACAAAUCUGUAUAGAAUAAUAAAAAGUGAAAUCUAA